AUGUCUGCAUCCACCCCUCGCACCUCGCUGCGACAGGGCCUACGCCACGCCCCUAAAGUCAAUCAACCCUUCAUCCCCGACACAACUCCCGCCCGUCGCUCCCACAUUCACCCAGGCCUAACCUCGACUUCACCACAGCCCCAAAGCUCGGUCCCCAUGCCCCUUGACCCUGCUGCAAAUCCCACCAGCUCGCAGUUCGCCGUCGAGAGCUGGCAAGGAAAGGACCACAGACAACUUCCCAUGUCAACGAGAGAGGUCCCAACACCCGGAAAUCGCCCGCUGAUCUUCGCGCAUUUGCGUGACCCAUCAAAAGCACCACGGCAACUGGAUUACUUUGAUCCCCACUUUCCCCUACAAUACCUCGAGGUCCCCAGGAGUCAGUACAACCCAUAUGGUCCCCCAGCCGUUGGAAUCUCACUAACAUCUGGUCCCUAUCCAGCGGAUCACAUUUACAAACGUGCCCACUAUGGUCUCCAAUCAGGUAUCCCGGAUGAAGUUGACUUUGCACUCUAUCACCUCGUUCAAAUUUCCAACCAACGCUGGGACAAAUUCAAAUUCGAAGGGUUCCCGCUACUCGCGGAAACCCUAAUGCAGAAAGCACUCGAUCUUACGCAACUCUGCACAGGGGUCAAAUGGGAGUUCCAAUACGAUCCACGUCAACCAGCUGACCGUGUUAACGUUUUAAAUUCGCUGCAUGGUACCCGGGACAUUCUUGACAAAAUCAGCAAAAUUCCAGUCAACCUCCCCGACGACAGCCUUGAAACCUAUGAAUUUAAUCAUCAACUGCGAAACAUCAAGGAGGCUACGCUGGUGCUGAGAAACAUGGUGCUCCUCAAGGAGAACGCGUUUUAUGUGUCUCGGUAUGCGAACGGCCUAUUACGGGACUUCUUGGUCAUCUUGAUCAAUGCCCCGAACCAGCCUCGCUUGAACGAAAUAAAAAACGAUGCUCUUGAUAUUGCUGAAGAAGUCACCAAGUUCCUGCAGACUGAUCCUAACGACCCGCUGUGGAUCUCACUAGUCAAGUGUUUGGAUUCCUCAGAUCGUGCCCAUGUUGUGCGGUCCUUGUGGGCCUUGACACAUUUCGGUACUGAACUGGAUGAUGCAGAUGCCAACCGUGCAUUGGAAACCAUGACAAAACCAACUCUUCAACAGAUGUACUAUCACACACUGCUCGACCUCGACAAGGAUAUCCUGAGCGGUGCACUUGACUUCUGGUACCAAUACACCCUUAGUCACGACAAUAUCGAGACACUGAUGGAUGUUGUCAACUUCCCAAUCGUUUUUGUUCCGCGCAUGGUUGCUCUUCUGACUUAUGAAGCACGGCCCACCAAGCAUGAGACCGUUCUCCAGGAGGAAAAGGUCGCUCCCCCACCAACUGAAAUUCCACGUGUGCCAGCCGAGCUCUUGGAGAAACUCAUGGAGCUAGCGGAACCGGAACGAAGCUCACAAUGGCUACGGUGCUGUUUCAUCGAAGAUGCAGAAUGCGAGAUCACACAAAUUGCCCUAUGGCAAGCCUAUCAGAGUCGGUUUGCCGAUCCUCGUGUCGCGGGAAGUGGCGUGCUUCCUGCUGCUGAGUUUAUCAAGAACGUCAGCAACACAUUUACAAACGCCCAAGCACAAGUCAUCAACGGGCCAGGUGCUACCACAAAGUUCAUCAUCAAGGGCAUCCGACCCCUAGAAACUGCUCACACGUUUGAAGGCUUCCCCUAUUCGUACUGCCGUUGGGCAGAUCAUUCCAAGCCCUCUAAGAUCUGCCAACGUGCUUUUACAUCACCAACUGACCUUCGCAACCACGUCUUUGGCGAGCACAUGAGUCUGGAGCCCGCAGACUCGGCUGACGCGUCUGGUCAAUAUAAACUAGACACCGCCGAGACGCCCAUUCACACUUGUCAAUGGGACCACUGCGUACGCUUCCGCGCCUCUGGCCCCAGUGCCAACACUUCCAUGGUUGCUGGGCAUGUUUCUUCACAUCUGCCAGAGGAUCGACCCACGGACGCACGGCCCAUGACCGCCAAGCGGGCAGUUCUCCAGGAACGAAUUGUUCGCAAAUGGUACUACAUGGACACACCGACCAACGAGAAGGGCGAGCCAUUCGGCGUGGCCUACAAGGCUGCAUUGGUUCUGCGAAACAUUGCUCGCGGUCUUCCAAACCGCACCACAUCAAAGUACGGCGGGCUUCCCUGGAAGAAGGCCUGUUUCACCAGCCAGCGCCCCAAGGUCGUCGAGGUUUGGGACCGUAACCGUGCCCUUCGCAAGGAGUUGACCGAGUUGAUCAUGGUCAUGGAGAAGGAGGUCGACUACUGA